CGGUCCGCCGCCCCCGCCCAUGCGGACGGCCGCCCGCCGCCCGGUGCGCCCUCGCCCGAGGGCCAGCUGAGCGCGGACCGCCCGCGGCGGCGCGAGGUGGGCCCGGCCCGGCGCUGCCCUCGACAGCGGCAAGUUUGGGAGUUGCACUAGUUUGCGGGGUGGGGGAGAGGCCGGGCGGGGGGCCAUGGAGGAGGACCGGGGGUCGUCGCUGGCGGCCGAGUCGGCGCUGGAGAAGAACGUGGCGGAGCUGACCGUCAUGGACGUGUACGACAUCGCGUCGCUCGUGGGCCACGAGUUCGAGCGGGUCAUCGACCAGCACGGCUGCGAGGCCAUCGCGCGCCUCAUGCCCAAGGUCGUGCGCGUCCUGGAGAUCCUGGAGGUGCUGGUCAGCCGCCACCACGUCGCGCCUGAGCUGGACGAGCUGCGCCUGGAGCUGGACCGUCUGCGCCUGGAGAGGAUGGACCGCAUCGAGAAGGAGCGCAAGCACCAGAAGGUGGGCAGCGGCCCCAGUCUGCCCAUCCGGGGAAUGGGGCCGCUGGGACCCAAGGGCCCUUCAGCAUCCCGCAGCUGUAGGCGCGCACGUUUGUGUACGCAGGGACUAGACGAGGAUGAGAGAGGGAGGGAGGGAGGGAGGCCCCUGGCCCUCUUUUGUCCAGCCAGCGCCACCUGGCAUAUACUACCUCAGAGAUUAGGGCAGUCCUUUGGAGUCAGACCUGAGUUCCAGUCCCACCUUUACCAGGCCAGCCCCCCAGGCAAAGAGACUGUCGGGGCACAGGCCACUAUGGCCAUCUUCCUCGGUCCCCCUCUUCCUAGUACAAGCCCUCCCAGACCAUCAGACAAUACCCUUCUAGAAUAUUCCAGCUCUUACAGAAUUUUUGACUGUCUUAUCUCACACCUCUCAACUCCUUCCAGUGAAGAAAUAGAAGAGGAAAAUCGGAUACCCCAACCUCCACCGGUCGCCCACCCGAGAAUGUCCCCCCAGCCGGAGUCUGGGAUCAAGCGACUGUUUAGCUUCUUCUCCCGAGAUAAGAAGCGUCUGGCCAACACACAGAGAAACGUGCACAUCCAGGAGUCCUUCGGCCAGUGGGUCAACUCCCACCGUGAUGACGGUUACACGGAGCAAGGACAGGAAGCCCUGCAGCACCUGUGACCGCAGCCCACCUCUGCCUUUGGACCUGAACUGUCCACCGUCAGCACCUGCAGUGGAACCUGGCAGGGGUCACUACCUUGCACACCUCUCGGUUCAGAUGCACCCUCAAGACUGAUCCCUCAAACAGACUGUCUCCUUUGAGGAAGCACACUGAAAAACUGAUGCCAAACUCUAAAGAAAUGUUUAUUUAUACCCAGGGCUAUCACCGUUUAUAAUAGAUGACCGAUCUCUUAGGAUAUAUAUUUAAUAAUAACCAUGAGCAGAGGCCAGACUUUUGCAUUAACUUCAGUAACACAAGCUUCUUUAAGCCAAAUACAUCACAUGCCACUAUAAUUGCUGUUUGACUUGCUUUGUAUGAAACUGUGUGUGUAGAGGUUCUGUUCACCUGUUUGUCGUACUUAAGUGGGAGGCAGGGAAGUGGUAUUCAUUAGCUCAUUCAUGGAAUUGUCAGCGGUGGUAGCAUAAUACGUAGGAUGCAUCCAUUAGACAAACCGGGCCCCCAAAGUCACCAGACGGGCUGGCCC